GUCAACGACAUUCGCACAUAACUUGGUACAAGAUGGCGUGCGAUGAUCAUUACGUUUAUGUAUAUGAAGACGCAUAUAGUUCAGACGAUGAAGAUUUGACAGACGCUUUGGUUACGGGAAUUGUUGCUGACGCCUUCCGACAGGAAGACGAGGAAGGCAACCAAAACACGAAUCCACAUUUUCAGGACGAGAUGUGCACCCCGACCAGCAGUGACAUUGACGCGAGCCUGCACAUUAGGCAUCAGUGUUCUGAGGAGCGUUUUCCAACGAUCACAAUAACGGAGAUUACGGAUGCGGGUGAUACCUUACAGUCUGCUUCUAACGAUGACAGUACCAUCCGUCGCACCGUUAGUGAAGGUACCCUCCCCGAGAAAACCGUAAGAUUUCCCGCAGUAACACCCACAGUGCCACGCCAGGACAAGAAAACAUACCCAACCACUCCGAAAUACGUGAACCGGAAUUUGGGUCCGUCACUGAGUCCACUCAAACUGCAGGCAAACGACACUUCGUCAUUUAGCAAGGACCAGACGACAGGUUUGACGUGUCUCGGCUGUUUCCCAGAGAGCCCUGGGGACACGUCCCCCCAUAAUUCCUCCCCCUGUUCGCCCGCCCCCCUCACGGAUCCGAUAAAAGAUGCCGAAGCCCAUAUGGUGGCUCUAGAGGAGAACCUUAUCAAACUGAACUGUGUUCUUGCUCACGUUGAAGACGCGGUGGGUCUUCUGAAGACGGCAGCAGAAACCUCAGUAACUUCUGAUACACAAACAGACUCCGACAACCCACCAGAAACGGGCAGUUUGAAGGAUGAUGUUAAGCAGAGCGAGUUUGAACAGGACUUUCAAGAUGUACUAGACUUGCUACAAGGCGUCAAUAUGAAAUGGACAAUUCACAAGAAAAACCUUGAAGAGUUGCUGAAUGAAGCCGAAAGGCGAGAGGAAGACCAUGUUAUCACUGGGAAGCGCGCCAAGCAGCAGAAGGACCUCAUCCUGAAACUGAAGCACGAGCGGCGUGCCCUGGAGCUGUGCCUGGAGGACAGGGAGUUUGAAUGGAUGACGGUCAAGAAGAGCAUCAGGGCCGACUCCAACUACCUCAAGAACGUUUUGAGAGAAGCGGAGCAGUCCAGAGACACGGGGGCACUGUGGAGAGUUCUCGACUCCCUGUUGCACGUGCAGUUCGACCGAGAGAAAGCAAUUGCCAUUGACUCCGCCAAACAGAACAAGAUUAACGAGCUCCACCUGCUGAUCUGCCGACAACAGCUCCACCUGGCGGAGGUUGAAGAGAGGAACAGACAACUCGCGUGGGAACUGCAGCAGGUGACGGGACACGCCCAGAUGUCGUCCCGGGACUGUAACGCGUCCUGCCUGGCAGACGUCCUGUACUGCGACCACACCCUGUACAUGCCCAACUGCUCCACCAACCCCGAGUUCGCCACCCUGCAGACCUACAGGAUUGGAGGGACUCACCAAAAUCUUCGUCAUGACAACGAACACGUGUUCGAUGGAUCCAGGCUGUACUCCCUGAAGGGCGACAGAUGGGACACGCCACAGGAAUUGGCUGAGUUUGACCACGCCAUUCUGAAGGAGUUAACAGAGACAGGGCCCGGAAGCAGGAACUUCCGGUUUGAGGAAACGUCAGUGUAACUGUGACCUGUCUACCCGAGCCAGGUGCCUGCACCUCAUCGCCAGUACCAACUGAUUGUCCCUUAACAUUCGCCCCUUAGCUGCAAGCCAAGAGACGCUUCUGUUGAAAACUCAACGGAAUACGUCGGCCCCGAUCACGGUCUACUCUUGUAAGGCUCCGGCGCUGCCUCUGAACACGAUCGACCGUUUCUGCUGAAAUUGUCUCUUUUGUGGUUACGGAAAGGGGCGAAGUUUCCCGAGUGCGGUCGCUACCAGAUCGCCAUCCGAUCGCUAUGGAGGCGAUGCAAAUCCUCACUGUUGCGAUUCUUGUAAAGCAGGUUUUUGGUGUAUCUCUUUGGAAUUUUCCUCAAAACAUUGGUGACUUCAGGUAAUCUUUUGUUUUGGUAUUAUACCCCGUGUCAUUAUUUAUUGACGGUCACGCAGAUAAUAAGAAAUAAACGUAUUCAACAAACGUCGCAUUUUCAACUUCCAAAAGUGAUGUUCAGUUGCAUCUGGAAUGAACUAUUUAAAACCCCCAUUGACUGUUACUUGUCAUGUACUGCACAUGCACGGGCUAAACCACUGGUUGCGUUCAGGGGUGCGUUUGGGUAGCUUUUCCAUCCCCUACAAUCUUGCACUUUUCAUUGUUUUAACUGUCGCCCAUUUUUCAGUUUCAUAAAAGCAUCCACUCAGUGUGACAUAGGCAUAAACAACAUGUUCUUCGACUGUUAAUCACAUUGUCAACAUACUCAGACCUAUGGACGCCUGUUGGCAUAUGUUCAUGGUCGACAUCCAACAUAUCGAGGUGACCUUCAAUAAUUACGCUGAGUUUACGUCAAUCAUACCAAUACGUGUCGCCUCGUUUGGUGUUCGACAUGUUUACAGUGUGUCUGUACCAUGUGUAUUAUUGUUAAAGGCUCUGGCAGGCCAGGGCCAAUGUGCACGCAAAUCUAUUUCCGCGAAGUAUGACACAUGGCGCACGCCAGCAUUGAAUCUGUUUAAACUGUUUGCACCAUGUGGAUUAAACUGUUACCUGGUA